AUGUGUAGAAUUCAAGAUACUAUCCCGAUUGAUCACAAAUAUUUUGAACCAGGUGACCUCAUUAUUGGUGGCAUUACUUCAUUGAUCUUCAUAAAUAGAGUUGUAGAAAACUUUGAAGAGGCUCCCAAGAAAUCUGCUGAUGGUGAAAUUCUAGCCCUAAUCAAAUAUUAUCAGCAUAUUUUGACCAUGAUAUUUGUUGUGAAGAAGAUCAAUGAAGACUUCCAGCUCUUACCUAACAUCACCUUGGGCUUCAGAAUCUAUGAGACUUAUGGUGGAGAAUACACAUAUCAUGCCACAAUGGAACUUUUCUCCAGUCAGAACCAAUUUGUUCCCAACUACAAGUGUGGCAUUCUGAACCAACUUGUAUCAGUUGUCGGGACUCUUGAUCCUGGUGUUUCUUUUGAUAUGGAAGAUAUUUUAGGCACUUUCAAAGUUCCACAGCUCCUAUAUGGUCCUCUUCCAAGUAUGGAUGGUAAAACUGAUAUCCCCUUCUAUUACCACAUGAUUCCAGGUGAAGACUUUUAUCUUAGGGGGAUUCUUCAGCUGCUAGUCCACUUCAGGUGGACCUGGGUUGGAAUUCUUGUGAAAGGAUAUGGUGGAGAAAAAUUUGAACAACUGAUUUUUUCCUGGUUUUCUCUUCAUGGUAUCUGUAUUGCUUUCUUAGAGAAGUUCAGGACAAUUUAUAUCAGCAAUGUGGAUGAUGGUCUGAAAUGGUUUGUGGAGAUAUUUCAUCGUUUCAUUAACAGCAAAGCUAAUGUUGUGAUAAUCAAAGAUAAAUAUGUUUUAGAAUUGAGAUGGUUGUUAUAUCUGCCUGAAAUAGAAUUUGUUUCUAUAAAGCCAAAAGGUAAUGUGUGGAUCAUUGCUUCCCAAAUGGGUCUUGCAUCAUAUUUUUAUCAGAAGAGCUGGGACAUACAAGUUCUCCAUGGUGCGUUGUCCUUUGCAGUUCACUCAAAAGAAGUUAAAGGAUUUGAGCAUUUUCUUGAGACAAGAAACCAUUUCUCAUUCUUUCCCCAAGAUGGUUUCAUUAAAGAUGUAUGGGAACAGGCAUUUGGCUGUGUAUUUCCAGACCCAUCUGAGAAUGAUGAUCCUGAGGGUAUCUGCACUGGGAAAGAGAAACUGGAGAGUCUUCCUUGGGCCUUGUUUGAAAUGAUGAUGACCAGUCAUAGUUACAGCAUAUACAAUGCAGUAUAUGCUGUGGCACAUGCUUUACAUGCCAUACAAGUGGCUCAACAACCAUACAAAAGAAGGUUGAGUGGCAGGAAACCUAAUCUUCAGGAUGUACAGCCAUGGCAGCUUCACUUCUUUCUGAAAAAAACUGCAUUUAACAACAGCAUUGGGGUUCAAAUUUCUUUUGAUGAGAAAGGAGAACUUGUUACCGGACUGGAUAUUGAGAACUGGGUCACAUUCCCCAACCAGUCUGUUCUUCGAGUGAAAGUUGGGAAGCUGGAUCCCUGGGCUGCUGGAGGCCUAAUGUUCAACGUUCGUGAUGAAGCUAUCACUUGGCCCAUGACUUUCAUCCAAAAGAUACCUAUUUCAGUAUGUACUGAGAGCUGCCUCCCUGGAUAUUUCAAAAGAAAGCAGGAGGGAAAGCCAUUUUGCUGUUACGAUUGCCAUCCAUGUCCCAAAGAGAAAAUGUCAAGCCAGAAAGACAUGGAUGACUGUUCCAAAUGUCCAGAAGAUCAAUAUCCAAACAAGGUCCAGGAUUUGUGUCUUCCAAAAAGAAUAUCAUUCUUAUCCUAUGAGGAACCAAUGGGAAUAAGUCUAGUCAUUCUGACACUUUUUCUUUCUUUCUGCACACUUGCAGUGCUAGCAACAUUUUUGAAGUAUCACCAUACUCCCAUCGUCAAGGCCAACAAUCAAAAUCUUACCUAUGUUUUACUCGUAUCCCUCCUCCUCUGCUUUCUUUGCUCAUUGCAGUUCCUUGUUGCACCUGGAUAUAUAAUAUGUUUUUUUCGACAAAUUAGCUUUGGCAUCAUCUUCUCAGUGGCUGUGUCUUCUGUGCUGGCAAAAACCAUCACUGUGGUCCUGGCUUUCAUGGCCACCAAGCCAGGAUCCAGGAUGAGGAACUGGGUGGGAAGAGGACUGGCCACCUCCAUUGUUCUUUCUGGUUCCCUGAUUCAAGCAUCCAUCUGUACAGUGUGGCUGUUCACAUAUCCCCCUUUCCCUGACAUUGACAUUCAUUCAGAAAUUGAGGAAAUCAUACUCCAGUGCAAUGAAGGCUCAUCUACCAUGUUCUACUGUGUCCUUGGCUACAUGGGCUUUUUGGCAGCUGCCAGUUUCACAGUAGCCUUUUUCUCCAGGAAUCUCCCCAGCAGUUUCAAUGAGGCCAAAUGUCUCACAUUCAGCAUGCUGAUCUUCUGCAGUGUGUGGCUCUCUUUUGUUCCAUCCUACCUGAGCACCAAAGGCAAAUACAUGGUGGCUGUGGAGGUUUUCUCCAUUUUGGCCUCCAGUGCAGGGUUGCUGGUCUGCAUAUAUUUCCCCAAAUGUUACAUAAUUCUUUUUAGACCAGAGCUAAACAACAGGGAGCAACUCAUCAAGAGAAGAAAUUUGUAA